AGUUGCUGGGAGUGAGCGCGGUGGGAUCACUCGGCGGCAGCGGAAGCCCUGAGAUCUGAACGCGGAGACCUCGGUUGCGGCCUACACGGAGCUCUUUCCCCACCAGACGACCUAGGAACUGCAAUCUUCAUCACAGAGGUACGGUGUUCCGCGCUCUCCGCCUGGCCGGGCCCAGCCUGCUGCGGCGGCGCUUCUUUCCUCCUUCCCUCGCUCUCUCUCGCCCGCCCGCCCGCGCCUUCCCUGCCUGCGUCACCGCGGCCGCCAUGGCUGAGAACGGCGAGAGCAGCGGUCCCCCGCGCCCCUCCCGCGGCCCUGCUGCGGCCCAAGGCCCAGCCUCUGCCCCGGCAGAGCCCAAAAUCAUCAAAGUCACAGUGAAGACCCCCAAAGAGAAAGAGGAAUUCGCUGUGCCUGAGAAUAGCUCAGUCCGGCAAUUUAAGGAAGCGAUUUCGAAACGCUUCAAAUCUCAAACCGAUCAGCUAGUGCUGAUUUUUGCUGGAAAAAUCUUAAAAGAUCAAGAUACCUUGAUCCAGCACGGCAUUCAUGAUGGACUGACUGUUCACCUUGUCAUCAAAAGCCAGAACCGACCUCAGGGCCAGUCCACACAGUCUAGCAAUGCCGCGGGAACUAAUACUACCACGGCAUCAACUCCCAGGAGUAACUCCACACCUACUUCCACAAAUAGCGGCCCAUUUGGGAUGGGGAGCCUGGGGGGACUUGCAGGCCUUAGCAGCCUAGGCUUGAGCUCGACCAACUUCUCUGAGCUCCAGAACCAGAUGCAACAGCAGCUUCUGUCCAGUCCUGAGAUGAUGAUACAAAUCAUGGAAAAUCCCUUUGUUCAGAGCAUGCUUUCCAAUCCCGACCUGAUGAGGCAGCUCAUUAUGGCCAAUCCACAGAUGCAACAAUUGAUUCAAAGGAACCCAGAAAUCAGUCACCUGCUCAACAACCCAGAUAUAAUGAGGCAGACCCUCGAAAUAGCCAGAAAUCCAGCCAUGAUGCAAGAGAUGAUGAGAAAUCAAGACCUGGCUCUCAGCAAUCUGGAAAGCAUCCCAGGUGGCUACAAUGCUCUAAGGCGCAUGUACACUGACAUUCAAGAACCUAUGCUGAAUGCGGCACAAGAGCAGUUUGGGGGUAAUCCCUUUGCUUCUGUGGGGAACACUUCCUCUUCUGGGGAAGGUGCACAGCCUUCACGCACAGAAAAUCGAGACCCACUGCCUAAUCCAUGGGCACCACCACAGGCUACUCAGAAUUCUGUGACCACCAGCACAGUUACCAGCAGUGGCAGUGGAUCUGGUAGUAGCUCUAGCAAUGCCAGUGGAAACACUCUGGCUGCUGCCAAUUAUGUUGCCAGCAUCUUCAGUACCCCAGGAAUGCAGAGCUUGCUGCAACAGAUAACAGAAAACCCUCAACUGAUCCAGAAUAUGCUCUCUGCACCCUACAUGAGAAGUAUGAUGCAGUCACUUAGCCAGAAUCCAGAUUUGGCUGCACAGAUGAUGCUGAAUAGUCCUGUGUUCACUGCAAAUCCUCAGCUGCAGGAGCAGAUGCGUCCACAGCUCCCAGCUUUCCUGCAGCAGAUGCAGAAUCCAGACACACUGUCAGCCAUGUCAAAUCCAAGAGCUAUGCAGGCUUUAAUGCAGAUUCAGCAGGGGCUACAGACAUUAGCCACUGAAGCACCUGGCCUCAUUCCAAGCUUCACUCCAGGUGUGGGGGUAGGGGUGCUGGGCACUGCUAUAGGCCCUGUAGGCCCUGUUACACCCAUAGGUCCCAUAGGCCCCAUUGUCCCUUUUACCCCCAUAGGCCCCAUUGGACCCAUUGGACCCACUGGCCCUGCAAGUAAUCCUGGCUCCACUGGCUCUGGAGGCUCCACUGGGCCCACCUUGUCUAAUUCUGCACCCAGUGAAACCAUGAGCCCAACAUCGGAAUCUGGACCCAACCAGCAGUUCAUUCAGCAAAUGGUGCAGGCUCUGGCUGGAGCAAAUCCUCCACAGCUUCCGAAUCCAGAAGUCAGAUUUCAGCAACAACUGGAACAGCUCAAUGCAAUGGGGUUCUUAAAUCGUGAAGCAAACUUGCAGGCUCUAAUAGCAACAGGAGGCGACAUCAAUGCAGCCAUUGAGAGGCUGCUGGGCUCCCAGCCAUCCUAAUUACAUUUAUGUAUCUUGGAAAAAAGUAUCUUAUUUUUGAUAAUGGCGCUUAAAUCUUUACACAAAAUUGUGCUUUACUUUCAUUUUGAUUCUUUUAAAGUUGUCUAGUUAUAAAUCUGAUAUGUAUUUCAAUGUGUAGUUCAACCCUCUUUCCUUCCUUUCCUCCAGCCCUCCAUCUCUCCUUCCCUCUUCCCCUCCCUCCCUCCGUCCCUUCAUCCCUCCCUCUUUCCCUCCUUCCUUCCAUUUCCUUCUCUGUUUUGAAUGGUGAGAAUCAAAGCUGUUUCACUGAUAGGUGUUGCAUGUACACCUCUCUUUAUUCUGCAUUUAUUGUGAUUUUUGGAAAAUGGUAUCAGCCGUCACAGUUGGGUGAACAAGUUUUAUCCUACAGAUGUCCAAUUUAUUUACCUUUAAGCAUUAGCCUAUUAUAGUAAUUUAAUGUAGAAUGAAAAUAUUCAAAAACAGAAGCAAAUUAUUCGAAACUCUAAUUUGUGGUACAAUCUUGCUUAUUGUGACUUUGGCAUGUAUUUUUGCUAGUAAAAUGCUGUAAGAUUUAUAUCAUUCUUUGACCUUUUUUGCUAUAUUUGUACACAGUAUAGUAAGCACAAUUGGAACUGUAUAUCUAGAAAUAUUACAGCAGAAUCUCUGAGCCGAAAAUGUGCAACCAAAAUGAGGAAGAACAUAGGAAAUAUUUCUGAAGCUAGUUGUGUCUCACAAUUUUGUAGAAUCUUACAGCAUAUUUGAUAAACUUCUCAGUGAAAAUGUUGGCUAGACAAGCUCAGUUAAAAUAUAGUAGAAAUGAUGUUUAUCCUGGUAUCUAUAAGUAUACAUUUAAUUGUACAGAAAACAGUGUGACAUUGUGUCAACAUUUACAGAUUGAUUGUAUAUGACCUUAAUCUUUGUGCAGCCUGAAGGAUCUGUGUAGUAAUGCCAGGAAAGUGCUUUUUACCUAAGAGUUCCUUCUCAGCUUCUCCCAUAAAGAAACCCCAAUUCGCAUUUUGAUUUGUAAUUGGAAAUGUAACUUUCACUGAAAAUGUCAUGUGAUGUUUGCAUUACUUUUAACUACAGUGUAUAAAGGAAACUGUAUCUUUUGACUUUCAGUUAUUUCUCUUGUGCACAGGGAAAAAUGCAUUAAAAUGACUAAAAAAAAUAAAAAAAAUUUAAAA